AUGGCCCAGCUGGCGGCGAACCUGCCAGCGGCCGUGGGACUGGGCCAUCCUGGAAACGCGCUGGAUGUGAAGCUCCCGCUCUCGCUCCGGCUCCGUGAAAUGAAGACGGGCGCGGAGCGGCCCCUCUACUUCGACUGCGCUGGCCAGGUGACGGUGGGCGAGCUCCGCGAGGCAACGCACCGGCGCUUCCCGGUGCUGCUUUGCAGGCGCAAGGCGAAGCUCUUCGUCAUGGGUCAGCAGUUGGAGGACGAUCAGCUUCACCUCUUCAAAGUUCGGGGAAUCUACGUCCCGCAGCUUCCAGUUGGAGCGCUGGCCUCGAAGCUCGAAGCUCGUCCCCGCCUUCGCCGCGUGCGGCAGCGGGAUUUCGUCGGGCCAGUUUAG